AUGACUGUGGCUCGCCAGAUUACACGCCGGUCCUCCGCUGAGGCCUCGGCUCUAAUGAUUCACUUCACAGCCGCUCUGCUGUUGAACAGCCGCAGCGCUCACACUGUCGAGAUUUGUCCUCCAGCAAGCUCGACGCAGGAGAUCGGCGAGGAGGCCGAGGAGGACGCCAUCUUCACCAUCACGCUGAGGAAGGUGCAGCUCCACCAGUCGGCCAGUAAGGGGCAGCGAUGGCUGGGCGUGGAGACGGACUCGGCCCUGAGCCUCUACGAGACCUGCAAGGUGCGCACCAUCAAGGCCGGCACGCUGGAGCGGCUGGUGGAGUACAUGGUGUCGGCGUUCAGGGGCAAAGACUCCACCUACGUCACCAUCUUCCUCUGCACGUACCGCUCCUUCACCACCACCAAGCAGGUGCUGGAUCUCCUGCUCAACAGGUAUGCAAAGCUCCAAAACGUCCCUGCAGCCGCAGCGCACCGAGUCUCCCAGGACGACAGCACAGAGCUGAGAAACACUGUCUCGUCCAUCCUGGGCGCGUGGCUGGACCAGUACUCCGAGGACUUCUGGAGCCCCCCGAACUACGACUGUCUGCACCAGCUCAUGUCCUACCUUCACCUCCACUUCCCCGGCUCGGACCUGGAGCGCCGCGCCCGCAACCUGCUGGCCCACUUCCACCGCCGACAGCAGUGUGAGCCUGAUCCUGAUGGGGAGCACAUCGGCUGCCCUUUCGCUACGCAGGAAGAGAGCGGCUUUGAGGACGAGCUUCCGGCCUUCAGCUUCCUGUCGUUUGACCCCAUCAUGGUGGCGGAGCAGUUCACGCUCAUGGACGCG